AUGCGGAGUGAUGGCGAUGCCAAGAGGGGGAUUGCGACGGCGACGGCCGAUCACACGAAACACGGGCUCGAAGCGACGAUCUGGAGACGGGAGAGCUCCAGAAGGCCACAGGUACAGGAGACUGGCUCAGGGUCCAGCGUGGGAGUCUACAGUACCUACGUAAGAGGUAGUGGUCCAAGGGGGGGAAUGGCACACAUCUCCCCCGAGGAGGACCCUGUCCGUUGUCACAUUGACCGACCAGGCAUUCACGAACCACGGCUCGAGGACCGCGGCACAAAGCUUGGCCCCCGACCCGAUGCCCGAUGCAGCCACGAGGAAAUGGAGCAUAGUUUCACCGUGGUGAGAGUUCCUCUUGGGGUAGACCUGGAAAAUGAUUCUUUCAAGUUCGAACUUGAAGAAAGUUUGGAGGAAGCACCUCGAGACCCGUGGGAAAGGACGCGAUAA